UCCUAAGACCUCUCUCAAAUUUUUCUCUCAUCAAGUUAAUUUGAUAAGAUUCCUCAUAAUGAGACUGAGUUAAUGCAAUUUGAUGAAGAACAACAACCACAACAACAUGUGCACUGUUCAGACGCUUGUGUGUGUGAAACAAGUGAAGCAAGAGAUUGCAGAAGAGUGGAAUGAGACUAUGCCAUUGCCUGGAGACAUCAUCGAAGGCUUUUACAAUGGCGAGAGUGAUGAGUUUUUUGUGCCCACCAAAGCUAAGUCUGAGCUUAGUUCACAGCUUGCUAAGAUAAGCAGCCAACAUAUAGAGGUCAUAUGGGUGAAGAUCAGAAGGGGUGAUACCACUCUCAAGCUCCGGACGCGUGUUGCGGUGGAGAGGCUUUCCAUGCUUCAAAGAAAGUAUAGCAUCAAAGCAGCCACAGAUGACAGACAUGUUGCGGUCAUAGGGGACUUGACCUCGGAUCAAUGCACCGAGCUGCAAGAAAUGAGCAGGAGUUUGGUAAAUGUGGAAAACAGAGGAUAUAACAAAAGGGGAGUAAAAUAUGACUGGAAGAUGAAAGUGAGAAAGUAUUUGCCUGACCAACGUUGCACGGUUGUUAGCUCUAUUCUGUUCAUGCCAAUGCAGGGUGAGUACUGCACUGAGGCCACAACAGCCAGGUGCAUGGCUUGGUUUUCUGCAGCAGUUUCUUCAGGGGCUCCUCUUGUUUUUGUUAAUAUUCAAACCGAACAGACUGUGACCUCGGAGAAAAUUAAUUUAACAGGAAAGGAAGUGAGUUGGAGUAAACAGCAACAACACCAUGCAACGACGGUCCAAAUAGUCCAGGGCAUAAGACUCUGGUUUAUGCCGGGCGUUGCAGAAGUGUCAUUCGAUUUGGUACCCCAAACCGGUGAAGUCCGAUUUGGAUUGGACAUCAAACGGACAGAAGAGGGGUUGAUAUGCAUCUACUCUGUUGCAAAGGAAACACCAGCAGACCGAGCAGGGCUUAGGAGUCUCCAUGAGGAAGCAUAUGCAAGUGGUUACCUCCUUGUCAUGUCCAGAUUAGAGGGCAAGAGCCUAAUGCCUUCUCAUGCUGACAUUUCAGGGCUCAUUCACUGUUGCGAUCACACCGAAAUUAAGAACACUCUAGUCUCGGCGAUAGACCAGAUGGACAGAAUUCAAAUUCAUGUUAUGGCGUGGUCUAACCAAGCACGUCCUACUACUCCCAAUACCACAGCAGUUGGUGCCACAAUGCUACGCCCAAGACCAUCGUGAUCACACAAACCAGGUGCUCAAUCCGUAGGGUACCAAGACUAUGAUGUAACAUGACUUAUGAGUAGUGUUGAUGAAAUUUUCUUACUAGAUUAGUGGAUUAUUUGAUAAGUGACCAUUGCCACUGCCGGAAUAAGCCUACUCUAAUACAAUUCAGAAGUCAAAACAUCCUACUCAAAAUUCAUCUGCCUUAA